AUGCUCGCACACUCUGCCGCCCAUUCAGCAGCGGUAGCGCGCAAGCACCGCCCGCUCUCGGUCGCCUCAGUCGACUUGGACAUCGAGGGAGGCGGCAGGAUCGACGAACACUACGACACCGGCCUGCCCUGGCCACUCGCAUCCAGCGCACAGCCGCUCUCCUGGAGCGCAAAGGGACCGGCAGCGCAGAUACCCCGCCUCGGACUCGCACACAGCGCAAAAGCACACCUCACCUGGGCAAGGGCAGGCUGGUCGGACGCUAACCGCUGGCCCGAAGCCAUCAGGCUCAUCGCAAACUCGUCCGAGAUCCGCAACGGAAUCCUCAAGGGCCUCUUCCUCAGCGGCGUCAUCGCCGCCCUCGUCUUUUUCCUCGAGCUCGCCUUCCUGCCCACGGUCCUCUUUGAGCAGCCCCUCGUCGCGAGCCACAGCGACAGCGCCAGCGUCAACAGCCCCAGCGAAGCGCUCGGCUCGCUUGGCAACGUCUUCUGGCUCUACCCGCUCAUCGGCGGCAGCUACCUCCUCGCAUCCUCCUGGACCACCGACGUCGCAGAGGCCGCCUACCGCCUCCGCCACGGCCACGUGCGCAACGCCCUCAGCAUCGCAUCCUUCACCCCGCCCGCAGGCACGUCUCGCCGCCUGGUGCGCGAGUCGUACCGACUCUUUCUCAUCGUCAACUACGCCGCCGUCGUCGUGCUGCUUGGCAGGAUCCCCUACCUCGGCCGCCCGCUCUCGUUCCUCUUCAUGAGCUUCGUCGACGGCUACUACUGCUUCGAGCAGGCCUGGAUUGCGCGUGGCUGGUCGCUCGAGCGCAGGACGCGCUACUGCGAGGAGCGCUGGAGCUACUUUGUCGCCUUUGGCCUGCCCUCGACCGCCGUCUCGUUCUUCCACCCGAGCGGCCUGCUCAACCUCAUGCUCUUCAUGCUCGUCUUUCCCUUUUGCACCGUCCUCGCCAUGCUCGCCAACCCGCAACCCCGCAUCUCGGCCAGCGGCUCCAGCUCCACCUUUUCGCCCGACCCGAGCUCCGCGGCCAGCAACCACGACUCGACGGGCCCGCUCAGCGUCUUCCUGCCCGGCCGUCUGCCCGUCUUUUGGCCGACGAUCAAGCUGCACCGCCUCGUCCUGCGCACCUUUCCCGCGCUUGCAGACGUGCCGCAGACUGCGACGAGCAAGGCGUUCGAGAGGUCCUACGCCUACUCGCGGGUCGCCAGCGGAGGCAUCGGGAUACCGGGCGGCGGCAUGGGCGGCGUCGGCGCGCCGUCCGGUCGAACGGCUGCCCAGCUGGUCGGCGGUAUCUGGGGCGGUGGCGCCGGCGCGAGUCGCAACCUGGGCGGCGGCGGGAGCCCGAAUCCCUCGGCCUGGUCCUCGCCGCAGCUCGGAGGCGAGCCGAACGGUGCAGGUCUGUGGGGUGCCGCUCCGAUGCACCCGACCGGGCACGCCGCGGCCGGCGCAGCGGCAUCGGGCUACGGAGCGUACAGCACCUCGUCCGACUCGAUGCAGACGCUGCACUCGAGGGCGGGCGGGCCGCUGUCGCCGUCCAAGGUGCAGAACGGAGCGGCGGGCCCACCGCAGGCGAUGCCGCCACCGCCGCCCAAGGGCAAGGCGAGGGGCAAUGCGCGCAAGCUCGACUGA